CCACCGGGAGAGCAAGGAUCUAAGACACGCCAAAAGGACCACUAACCCCAGGGUGCUGACACUUUUUUGAGAGACUUUUCUCUACUUUGAAAGAGUUUUCAUCAGCAACUUUUGGGAAUAUUAUUGCGCACGCCGAAUGCGGACAUUCACUUAGAACUGGAGCGCAAACUCUGAGCAGAAAUGACGCACCUACACCUAAGAUACCUCUUGGCUUUGGCCGUAGUGGACACAGUAUUGUCCUCCGGUGUGUUUGAGCUGAAGAUUCAUUCCUUCCACACGGCGCAGCGCAUCUGCAGAAGACACAGGGACUGUCAUAUAUUUUUUAGGAUUUGCCUGAAACACCCGGAGGAUGUGAUCUCCGCAGAGCCGCCCUGCACCUUUGGCACCGGACACACCAACGUUAUCAGGGCCGAUCACACCUCCAUUUCCAGCAGCGCGCCCAUCAGGGUGCCCUUUCACUUCAAGUGGCCGGGAACAUUUUCGUUGAUCAUUGAAGCUUGGAACGCCGAAUCUCCGACUGAAUACACAGACAACCAAAACAACCUCGUGAGCCGCCUGGCGACCAGGAGGAGACUUGCCAUCGGAGAAGACUGGUCCCAGGACGUGCACUUUGGCGAGCAGAGCGAGCUGCGCUACUCCUACCACGUCUUCUGCGACGAGUACUACUUCGGAGACGGCUGCGCCGACUACUGCAGGCCAAGAGACGACACGCUGGGCCACUACACCUGCGACGAGGAGGGCAACCGCAUCUGCCUGGAGGGCUGGAAGGGAAACUACUGCUCGGAGCCCAUCUGCUCAGCGGACUGCAGUGAGAGGCAUGGCUACUGCGAGGCCCCAGGGGGCUGUACGUGUCGCAUGGGAUGGCAGGGCCCCUCCUGCAAUGAAUGCGUCCGCUAUCCGGGCUGCCUACACGGGACGUGCAGCCAGCCGUGGCAGUGCAACUGUCAGGAGGGCUGGGGGGGCCUCUUCUGUGACCAGGAUCUGAACUACUGCACUAACCACAAGCCCUGCGCCAAUGGUGCAACCUGCACCAACACGGGCCAGGGCAGCUACACCUGCACCUGCCGGCCCGGCUUUGGAGGCACCAACUGUGAGCUGGAAACCAAUGAGUGUGACAGCAACCCCUGCAAGAAUGGAGGCAGCUGCAAUGACCUGGAGAAUGACUACUCAUGCACCUGCCCACAGGGAUUCUACGGUAAGAACUGCGAGAUCAUUGCCAUGACGUGUGCGGAUGGUCCCUGCUUCAACGGCGGCACCUGUGUGGAGACGAUGACCGGAGGCUACACCUGCCGCUGCCCUCCCAGCUACACCGGCUCCAACUGUGAGAAGAAGCUGGACCGCUGCAGCAACAGGCCCUGUCUGAAUGGCGGCGAGUGUCUGGAUCUUGGCCAGAGCAUCUUGUGCCGCUGUCAGGCAGGCUUCACUGGUGCCAACUGCCAGAUCAACAUCGACGAUUGCGCCUCAAGCCCCUGCCAGAAUGCUGGGACCUGCCAAGAUGGUGUGAAUGACUACACCUGCUCCUGCACCCUGGGGUACACUGGCAAGAACUGCAGUGUGCGCUCAGAUGCCUGUGGCGCCCGUCCGUGCCAGAACGGUGGCACCUGCUUCACUCACUUCACUGGGCCGGUAUGCCAGUGCCCUAAGGGCUUUAUGGGUCCGAGUUGUGAGUUCACGCUUCAGCCCAGUUUCAAGCCAGCUUUGCGCCAAACCUCCCAGCCCUCCUCCGCCACCCUCACUAUCUCCUGUGUUCUGGUUGUUUUGGUGCUGGUUCUGGUGGCCGUCAUUAUCUUCCUGAGGAGGAGGAGGAGACUGCAAGGGAGGAAGCAGCUGAGCGACAUUGCAGUUUAUAAUGACUUGGAGACAGUCAACAAUCUGGGAGGAAGCGAGAGAGAAGCCUUCCUUGGACCCAACAGCCUGUUCAAGAUCAGCAACAGCACAGCUCGCCUCAGCCUCUCCCUCUGCCCAGACAGCAGAUCUGGGUACAGGCACAACCCCGUGGAGAGCAACGUGGCCAGAAGUGAGCGUCAGGAGUUUAUGUGGAGGGACGAGGCCGGCCUGGGCUCUGGAGCAGGGCUGAGAUGAAACAGAGAGAAAACAUGAACGCUCAAACAGGGGAAGAAGGAUACUAGCACUUGUUGCGCCUCUCUCUUCAUGCACAGUGAGCAUGAGCACAUGACAGGAGCAGAUUCAUGAGUUGAAAACUGUUCUGCUCAUGCUGGAGAGAAUAUACCAUUAAAGAUGUAAGCAUACGAAACAAAAUAUUGACAAAUGAACUAUUCUGCUGUAGAUGAUUUACAAAGAUUAUUGAAAAAGUUUAUGGGGCAAAGCUCUUCCAUGUUUAAGACCCAAAGAGACAAAUAAUAUGAUCCACUUUUCAUAGGACCUACAACACAAACCAAAUCCAGGAAGUCACAGUAGUCUGACCACCUUUGGAAAACCUGCCCAAAAGUUUUAUUGGGUUAUUGUCUUUAAUAUGUUCACUUUGCUUAAUUGUUUCUCAUUUAUUUUUGUUUUGCUUUUCAAUCUUCCUUUGGCCAUUAUUUCCUUAUUGUGCGUACCAUCAUUUUUAUUCUUUAUCUUAUUUAUUUAUUUGAAAACUUCUGUUUAUAGCUUCACUUUGAUUGUCAGAGAUGUAGACAUAUAUUUAUAUGGUGCUGAAUGAAGACUGAUGCCUGAUGUUGUACCUGGAUGUCUCAUGGGCUUUGCAGGCUGGUGUGAAAUCUCCCAGAGAUAUUCAGAGCAGGGAUAUAAGGAAAAUGCGCUCUAUCACACAGAGUCAGCCAUUACUGUAAUUUAUAUAUAAUAGUUUAUAUACUACUGAUCACAUUGCUCUUUCAUGUGCCAUUUUGAUUCAUGCCAAAGUUUGUGUUUCGUUACAUGUUUUCAGUCAUAUUAUUUAACUUCAUCAUGU